AUGGCUUCGGACGACGAAGACGACUAUCUGUCAGACAAGUUCCUCCUUCAAGCAACAGCAGCUGCUCCCUCCACUUCCCGCGCCAAGCCGACUACCUACUCCGAUAAACGACGCGAAGCGCUGAGAAAGGCACAGUUGAAGAAUGAACAGAAUAGGACGAAGAGCAGGAGAGAGCGUGAGCUCGAGGCGAGGGAAGAGGGGCUCAGUAAGAGUUUGUUUGAGCGGGCGGAGGAGGAGCAGGCUUCAGGGAGUAAUAAGGCUUUGGCUAUGAUGAUGAAGAUGGGGUUUAAGCCUGGACAGACUUUGGGGAAUGUGGAGGACCGUGAGGAGGAGAAGGCGAAGGUGAAGGUAGAGAAGGAGGAAGAACCGAGUCCGACUCCCGUCACUGCUUUUGCCUCUGCGUCGCGCCGUUCGGUGUCGAGUACGCCUACGGGAGACGGUCGAGAAUCUGUAUCUGUGGAACCGCCAGAUGGCAAGGUACGAGAGCAUAUUAAACAUCUGGCAGAGCCGCUGCCUUUGAACGAGUGGGCAGGUCGUAAGGGCAUAGGUCUGGGCAAACGUGCGGCCUCACCGACUGAUCUCGAGCGACUUGCCAAAGCGGCGAAGGUAGACGAGGAGACGAGCAAGGAGUCGUUCAGGGAUCGUACGCGGAGAGAGUUUGAGCAGAAACGGGCGGAGAAUAGGUUGAUUCCCGCUCAGAAUACGUGUGUUACGCUGGAUGAGAAGGUAGGGAAGCAGUUCAAUGUCCUCUGGGUGAAUGUGAACAAGCCCGAGUCGUUCCCAGAGGGUCUGCUCGAAGCACUGGCAGAUUCGUCCGUCAAUCUCGUCCCGUCAUCAGACGAUGGUACCAUCCACGAACGGCUUCGAGCGCAGAUGCAAGCAGACGCGCUACGGCCUCUCUCAUCUCAACAAGAUGCGGAUGGAGAGCCUCAAGCGCCUCUGAAGGAGGCUCCGAUAGAUCCGGAGGUUGUCGAAGAGGUCGCUCGUUUUCUACGUUUGGGGCCUCAAGAACGACUCGGACGUGUGGUGGAGUAUCUACGGGAGGAGUACUCGUAUUGCUUCUGGUGUGGUACGCAAUACGACGGUGCGGAAGAGAUGGAUGAACAGUGUCCGGGGCCGGACGAGGAGCAACAUUGA